AACCGGGUGGGACCUAGGAGCCGGCGAGGAGGACUAAGGGGCGGCGGGGCGGGGAGCCGGGAGGCAUGGCGCGGCCCGAUGACGAGGUGGGGCCGGCCGUGGCGCCCGGGCACCCGCUGGGGAAGGGAUACCUUCCGGUGCCCAAGGGCGCCCCGGACGGGGAGGCGCGCUUGGUACCGCAAAACGGGCCUGAGGCGCUGAACGGAGGCCCCGGGCUCGGCCCGCUUGUUGCGGGAGCCCAGGGCGGGCCGCAAGCCCUGAUAGCGGCGGAGGAGGAGACCCAGGCCCGGCUCUUGCCCGCGGGCGACGGGGAGGACGUCCCAUGCCCCGCGUGUCCCCCGCGCACUGCGCUAUCGCCGAGGCGCUUCGUGGUGCUGCUCAUCUUCAGCCUUUACUCGCUGGUGAACGCCUUCCAGUGGAUCCAGUACAGCAGCAUCAGCAACGUGUUCGAGGACUUCUACGAUGUGUCGCCGCUGCACAUCAACUGGCUGUCCAUGGUGUACAUGGUGGCCUACGUGCCCCUCAUCUUCCCGGCCACCUGGCUGCUGGACACGCGAGGCCUGCGGCUCACGGCGCUGCUGGGCUCCGGCCUCAACUGCCUGGGAGCCUGGGUCAAGUGCGGCAGCGUGCAGCGGCACCUCUUCUGGGUCACCAUGCUGGGGCAGAUCCUGUGCUCCGUGGCCCAGGUCUUCAUCCUGGGCUUGCCCUCCCCCGUCGCCUCGGUAUGGUUUGGACCCAAGGAGGUGUCGACGGCUUGUGCCACAGCAGUGCUGGGCAAUCAGCUUGGAACUGCAGUUGGCUUUUUGUUGCCACCUGUUUUAGUGCCUGCCUUGGGCUCACAGAAUAACACAGGCCUCCUGGCUCACACACAGAAUAACACAGACCUCCUGGCUCAUAACAUCAACACCAUGUUUUACGGAACAGCAUUUAUCUCCACAUUUUUAUUUUUUUUAACAGUAAUUGCAUUCAAGGAGAAGCCUCCGUUGCCUCCCAGUCAGGCUCAGGCAGUUCUUCGAGACAGCCCCCCUGAAGAGUACUCCUACAAGAGUUCUAUCUGGAACCUGUGCAGAAACAUCCCCUUUGUUCUCCUGCUGGUCAGUUAUGGUAUCAUGACUGGAGCAUUUUAUUCAGUCUCAACAUUAUUGAAUCAAAUAAUAUUGACAUAUUAUGUGGGAGAAGAGGUGAAUGCUGGGAGGAUUGGGCUGACACUGGUGGUAGCUGGAAUGGUGGGCUCUAUUCUCUGUGGCUUAUGGCUGGACUAUACCAAAACCUACAAGCAGACAACUCUGAUAGUGUACGUCCUGUCUUUCAUUGGAAUGCUCAUAUUCACAUUCACACUGAACCUCGGGUACAUCAUCGUGGUGUUUUUUACUGGUGGGAUUCUUGGCUUCUUCAUGACUGGUUACCUCCCCCUGGGCUUUGAGUUUGCUGUGGAGAUCACUUACCCUGAGUCUGAGGGCAUGUCCUCAGGGCUCCUCAACACUUCUGCACAGAUACUUGGAAUUGUCUUCACAUUGGCUCAAGGAAAGAUCACAACAGACUAUAAUAGUCCAGAGGCAGGAAACAUUUUCCUUUGUGCCUGGAUGUUUGUAGGCAUCAUUUUAACAGCACUGAUCAAGUCUGAUCUGAGAAGGCACAAUAUAAACACCGGGCUUACAAACAUUGACGUUAAAGCUGUACCAGUUGAUAGUCGGGUAGAUCCAAAACCCAAAGUGAUGGUGUCUAUACAGUCGGAAUCUUCACUCUGAAGAAGGCAGUGUGGCUGCCCCUCAACAUGGGCAUGUGGCUUUGUCUUUGGGCAGCUGUGUGAGGUGUGAGGCACUUGAAAAUUAUUGGAUGAGUUCUGAAUAUUUUGUUUUGUGUUAAUCAGCGAUUUUGCUUACAAUGUCUUUGUUUACCUCGUGUUACCACUCCCAUUCAUGUAAACCUGUCUAGUCUCAGUUGUGUAGUGUGUACCUGAAAGUAACAUUAUUGACAUUUUUUUCAGGAUGCUUUGUUUUUUAUGGGUGUCUAGUUCCUGUAAGACAUAUAAGAGUGUGCAAUUCACACAUGAACACACCUUGGUACAUUCCCAGUCAGUUGUCACCUGACCGCACUGAUCAUGUCAGGGUCACGGUCAGCGCCACAGUGUGAAUGCAGAGUCCCAUGAGAAGCACUGACCCACUCGGACAGGGCUGGGGUUAGAUUCCCAUCUCUUACACACCUGUUGUAUUGUGACAUGUUCUGUCCCACAAAAACAAACCAACAAAAUGGUUCUAUGCACAGAUUAAGUCUAUUAUACUCUGGUUAGCUAGGGAGCUGAGACACACACAGGUCAUCUGAGCUCUUCUCUGUGCUGCCUUCAUACAGGUACAUGUUAAUGUACUACAACUUGAAGUAGCAGUUUUAUGCCCUUUGUCCAUUUUCACUCUCUUAAAAGAAACUUUCAUCAUCUGUGUUACGGGCUUGCUCGUGAUUUCUCACAUCACAUCUAAUUUUGCCUUGAAGAUGCCCAAGAUAAGGAAGUCUGUGAUAACUUCAGAGAGCCCAUAUGUCUAUUCUGUGGAGAGUCCUUGAAAUACUAGCUGCUGUCUUUCCAGGAUCAUUCCUCUGUCUGACCACUGUUUUUAAGGACUACCAGCCCUUGCACAUAUCCUGUGACCGCUGGGAGCAGGUUCUGCUGCACCGCACCGCGUGUGUGGUCAGAACUCUGUGGACGCUAUCUCGUACACACUCAGGACAAGGCGAGUGGGACCAAGUGUAUUUUCACAGUGCCUACCACAGUGUCUUGUUUGUCUUGUUUACAGUGAGAAUUAAAUGUCUUUGAUGUUUUGACUCUUAAGCUUACAUUCAUGACAUUUGAUCAAUCAUUAUAUUUACAUAGUGUGAUUUUGAAAAUUUUACAAAAAAUUUACAUAAUAUAAAAAUGCACACAGAAAAAGUAAUCAUGUAAUGAAUAUGGUUGAAGCAAAUGCAACUUUGAUUUAGGCAAAAUAUGCAUUGAUUUAUCUUGAUAUUAUAUUCUGUUUCAUCAAAUUACUAUAAAUUAUGUGGAAUUUGACAUUGGAAAAUGUACUGAAAGGAUUUAGUAUCACUCAGGAUCAGGAAUUCUGGUUUUGUGUCCUGGGCAGGUUCUGCCUUGGUAACUCUGGACACAUCAUUUACCCUCUCUGGCAACAUUUUCCUGAUCCAUGAAAUGAUGCAUUCACACUGAUCUAAAUGAUCUUUUUAAAAUAUUGUCAUUUAUCAUGAAGUAGGCCAAAUCAUGGUACCACAGGAAUCUAGAAAUCUAGCUGCAAUCUGGGCAGUGGUGGAACACACCUACACCCUGUCUUGAAAAACCAAAAAGGAGGAAGGAAGGAAGGAAGGAAGGAAUCUAGUUCGAGUAAACAAUUGUGAUUGAUUAUGUAGAGGCAGAGAACUUCAGCUCUGUUUUUAACUCUUUAGUUCAGGUAGAAUCUGUAUCAUCAGCAACUUCUUUUAGUAUUUCUGUCACUGAUUACAAAUGACCAAAAAUGCACUGUCUCCCCCAGCUGUUUCUGGUUUUUGUUUUUUUGGUUUUUCAAGACAGGGUUUCUCUGUGUAGCCCUGGCUGUCCUGGAAC